CUGGUGAGCAAGUGUGUUGGUGAGUGAGUAUGCGGUGCACGGCGGAGCGCGUACCACACGCGAGCGAUCGCACGCGUACUAUGACGCGCGGUGCUGAGCUCACCGAAAUCUCCUCAGCCGGACAGCAGAACGGUCGGUCGGUUGGCCGCCUAGCUUGCUGACAAUUGUGUCUCACCGCAACUUCAGUUUGUCCAAGAUCGUGCUUACCAACGUUAGUGGUGCCGUGAGAGCGCUAAUUUUCCGCUGUGUCUCUUUGCUUAUUAUUGCCAAGUGCGAAAUUAAUUUGUGUACCGUGUUUUCGGGCGCGAAUCAACGACCUAACUAACAGCGCAUCGCCAAACUUACGAACAUUCGACCUUUGCUUAUUUGCUUAUUGUUGACAAGUUGACUUGCGUUUGUCAAUAAUUCCUCUUCUCGAGGAGGGUGUGCGCGUUCAUCGCGAUAUUAAACAUACACGUAGUCAAAGUGCAGCGCGGCGCUGCGCGUAAUAUCAAAGAGCAAAGGUUUUCAAAACAUUUGCGAGACAAUCGUUAAAAAACGCAGUGGAAGCGCAACAAUAGCAACAACAACAGUGCAAGUGGAAAGAAACGAAAUCGAAUAUCCGAAUCGAAACGAAAUACAUAUACGAAGUGCAGAAUAAUCACCGACGCAGGCGGGUGCGACGGCGUCAGUGUCGUCGACGGUUAAGUGAACGCGCCACAUCGCUUUGUUGUGGAAUAGUGUAUGUGGAAAAUGCGCGCGCGCGAUUUAUGCAAAAUAAACAGAAACAGCGACAACAACAAUCACGACAAUUUCGAACACGAAAACGGUAACAACAACCACAACUACAACAUUUGUCAUCAUAGUGUCAAUUGCAUUGCUAAUACGAGCCGAAUUAGAACGCGUCCGCAAGCGAACAAACGAAGAAAGAACAAAACGCCAGUUGAACAACACCAACACGGACGGUGCGAAUUGCAUCAGCACAAAGUGAUACGACUGCGACUUCGACCACGUAGUGAUAGCGGCUAAGAAAAGUUGUCAUACCAAAAAAAGCUAACUGAAAAAAUCGACAUUACGAAAUUUUAGAAAAAAAAAUUUAAGAAAAUAUCAAAAUUAAUUACAAUACCAUUAACAAUAUCAUUACAAAAGGAACGUGUUAUUUAGGCCAUUUCGAUUUCGGCUGCAACUACAAAGCUGAAGCGAUCAGCCGAACCCAUCGAGGAAAACCUCAAACAAAAGCAGCAAAGCAGUGACGACAAUACACAUUGUGUUUAAUUAAAGCGAAAAUUUAAAAAUAAAGUGUGUAAAUCAAAAAAUUGUGUUAGCGAACGAGCGUGGCAAACGGACACGGCAAAAUACGAAUUUGAAUUUUCUUUACAAUUACAAAACGCCGAAAUAGCGACGGCUAGACGGCAAGGCAAAUCUCAGCCAAGAACCAGCUACCAGCUACAACAGCGCCACGAUUGUACGCGCCAGAUAAACGCUUUAUUAAAAAUAUUAAAAUUCAAAAAUAGACUUUUCACGCAAAGUGCAGCGCUCAACCGCAACGAACACGGCGAGCGGCGGCCAACACCAGAUAAACGAUAGUGAAUUGCAAAGUUUUCUAUGUUGUUUGUACGCGCAUCAACGCGAAGGCUAACACAGAACGCGUCCAAAUACACAAAAAUCCAAAUUGUUCAAAUUCAUUGAUAAACGGACAAACGGACGGAAGUAGUCCAAAAGCGUUAAACUGAGUGAGUGAGGCAGACUUGUAUGCGGCCCAUCGCACAGCCUGCAGAGGACGAACUAAAUAAGGUCGAAAGCGUAGAACAGAAUAAUUGAAAGAAAAAAACUAAAAAGCGAAGCAGAUAACGUAGAAAAUUCAUAAUUUUUGUAUACGGCAAAGGUGUGUUAUCUAAUCUAAGCGUUUGCUCGCUUCGCAUUACUUACCCACCUACUUACCAACCAACAAACGGCGCAACAAACAUAACAUCAACAACAAUCGCAACCUGCUUGCCGCCGUCCGCGCCAGACCGCGCCAGACCGCGCUCGAUACGCAGCGAAGUGUAUCACCAGAGUCAUUCAGUCACUCACUAGUGCCACUGUCGGUCAGUCUGUCAGUAGGUGUCAGAGCGCGCGCGCGUUUGUUUGUCAACAGCACAAGUCAGUUGAUUUCGGUUUCUCCUACUGUAUGUUGAUACACUUUGCGACAAUUAUUACGCCACGCCAGAAGCGCUCAUACACAGUGCGUCUAAUAGCGCGAAAUCAACAGUGAAAUAGUGAAGAAAUAAAUACGCGCGUCAAUACUAAUCGUUCCAUAAUUCUAAAAAAAAAAAAUAAACGUAACAAGUGCAACCAACGAUAGAUAUCGUGCUAAUAUUUAAUUUGAUUACUCUAGCAAGUGUUGUAGGCCUUAAUUCCAAAGUAAAAAAUAACUCAGAAAAAAAUAAAAAAAAAAAUUUAUUAAGUGAAGUGCUAAAGUGUUUCGAGCAGCAGUGGAAGAAGUGGAAGAAGUAUAAGUGCAAUCUCCAUAUUACUGCUAAAAAUUAAGUGUGAAAUAAUAAAAUCGAAGUCAAGUAGAAAAAGCGCCGUGAAUCACAUGAAAAUGGCCAACAACAACAGCAACAGUACAAAAGUGUCGGGAACGACAGCAAACAGCAGCAGCAGAAGCACAUCCAGUUCAUCCCAAACGACGACGAGUGCCAAAAGCUGCAACACAUUGGACACAGCUACAGCUAUGCUAAAAUCAGGAAAUGCAGCAAAAAGAACGGCAUUACCACCAUCACCAACAUCAGCAUUAGCCACAGCAACCAGCGCAACAACGGUUGUUACUGGAAAAUUAGCGCAUGCAACACCAUCAUCAUCAGCAACAAAAACAAAAACAACGGCGGCUGCAUCAGCAUCACUCAAUCUUCUCUACAAAUUCAUCAUAUUUGCCAUGUUGAUUUGUGCAGCGCCAACGCUUGUUAGCGGCCGACGGCAUGCGCCGCUCAUGGUGGAGGAAACGGAGGGUACACGGCGAAAUAAUCGACCAGUUGUUUCGGAAUGUCAAUUUGGCAAAACAGUACGGGAAAUCGGCUCUACCUGGUUCGCAGAUCUUGGACCACCGUUCGGUGUCAUGUACUGCAUCAGAUGUGAAUGUGUGGCGGUGCCGAAGAAACGCCGCAUUGUCACACGCGUGCAAUGCAAGAACAUUAAACACGAAUGUCCGCCAACUUUGUGCAGUGACCCAGUCCAACUGCCGGGCAAAUGUUGCAAAACAUGUCCUGGCGAUAAGAAUGAUACGGACGUGUCUUUGGAUGUACCUGCCCCGGUAAACAUUGAAGAGGAGGAGCGCAAUAUGAAGCAUUUCGCGGCUCUACUCACCGGCAGAACAUCACAUUUCUUGAAAGGCGAAGAAAUGAAGGCCAUGUAUGCGACGAGCACCUACAAUCCACAAAAUAUUGUUGCCACCGGUCGCUUCUUGUUCCACAAGAAGAAUCUCUAUUACUCAUUCUACACUUCAUCGAAGAAUAAUCGCCCACGUACCAUACAAUUUGUCAACGACGCUGGCACCAUACUCGAGGAACAUCAACUACAGGCACCUCUCUCCGAUAUGCAAAGCGUGUAUCAAAAUGCCACUGGUAAAAUUUGCGGAGUUUGGCGUCGUGUUCCACGUGACUAUAAGCGGCUACUGCGUGACGAACGGCUGCAUGUGGUUUUGCUGUGGGGCAGAAAGGACCAAAUUGAUCUCGCUCUCGGUGGCAAGAUUGCUUUAUACACCGCCUUGCAAAAAGAGAUGUUCAGCUCAUUGCUGGAACCCGCACCAGGUACAAAAUCAGCUAUGAUGAACGGCGCGGGUGGCACAGCUAUUGUAUCGACGACCAGCGGCGCUGCCGCCUCUGUACAUUUAACGAUCGUCUUCAAUGGUGUCUUUAGCUCCGAUGAAUAUUUGGAUUCGCCUAUCAAUGUACGCGUCGAGUCACCGGAUCGUAAGGAAAUCGUUUUGGACGAAGUACAAAAGGUGCGCAAACCCUCGGCUGAGAUCAAUGUCUUGGAAAUAUCUUCGCCCAUUUCCAUACCGAUGUUACGUUUAAUGUCGCGUGGUAAAUUGCUGCUUACAAUCGAAUCAAAGAAAAAUCCCCAUUUACGGAUACAGGGUUCCAUUAUCACACGUACUACUUGCGAGCUCUUCCAGACUUUACUUACUCCACACAAUGCGGAGUCGAAGACAAAGAGUAGCGGCUUAGCUUGGGUAUUUCUAAACACUGAUGGCUCCCUUUCGUACAACAUCGAAACAGAUCACAUUAGUACAAAAGACAGACCCGAAAUUAAUCUGAUGGAAGACCUGGGUAAACGCAAGACCAUGCUGGAAAACCUCACACCGACCUUCAAUUUUAACCAAGCUAUUGGUACGAUCGACAAAUUGGGUCCAAAAGCGUUGGAAUCUUUAUAUGAGGGCGAUUUAGGUGUCAAUAUAGCCAUAGAGAAUGAACCAAGUCUUAUACGCGGUCAUUUUGUACCCCGCCCCAUUGCAGAUGCGCGAGAUUCCGCUGAACCUAUUCUACUGAAACGAGUUGAAAACGCUACGAAUGCACCAGUGCAUGCCAUGGGCAUGGCUUGGUUGGCCAUCGAUAAUGAAUGUAAUCUACACUAUGAGAUAACUGUAAAUGGCUUCCAAUCGAAUUCACAAGAUUUACAAAUAUACCUCGAAGAAAAGCCCAUUGAAGCUAUCGGUGCACCGGUAACACGCAAAUUACUUGAGGAAUUCUCUGGCUCUUACAUGGAGGGAUACGUGCUCGGCAUGCCUUCAAUCGACCUCGUCAAAUUGGAAAACAGUGUUUGCUACCUCGAAAUACACACAAAGGAAAAUAAUAAGCCGCUUUUACGCGGCAAAUUGAAAUCGACUAAAGUGCCAUCCCAUUGUUUCCCCAUACACACGGAUAACAAUGUGCCAAAUGUACCGGGCGAUCAUAGUGACAGCAAUCUCAUUGCUCCAGAUGCAAAAUGCUUCCAUUCAGGACGAUUUUAUGACGAGUCCGAACAAUGGCGUAAUGCCAAUGAUGUUUGCCAAAUGUGCGCCUGCCAGCGCGGUCAACCCACAUGUGAGCCCAUCAAAUGUCCCGCCGUGCAGUGCAAACCCAACGAAGAGCUUGUGCGACGUGACGGUGAGUGUUGUUCCAUGUGUAUACCGCAAAAUGUGGUUGUUGAGACGGAAAGUGCGGCUGAGCAGAACGUCAGAGGCUGUCGUUUAGGUGAUCAAUUUCACUUGGCCGGUGCCAUUUGGCAUCCGUUCUUGCCACCAAACGGCUUCGACACCUGCACCACCUGUACCUGUGAUGUAUUAACGCUGGAGGUGCGUUGUCCACGUAUGGUCUGUCCACCUCUGCCCUGCUCGGAAAAGGUUGCCUACCGCCCAGACAAAAAAGCCUGUUGCAGAGUAUGUCCGGAAAGCAAGUCUCGAGGCGACAAGGCAGGUCCUUCAAAUCCCAAUGUCUUACAAGAUCAGGCGUCUCAUAAAACAGUAUCAACCGAGGAGAUAAUCAGCCAAGGCGGUUGCAAGGUCUUAAAUAAGGUGUACGAGAAUGGACAAGAGUGGCAUCCAAUACUGGCGUCGCAUGUCGUGCAAAAGUGCAUCAAAUGUCGAUGCAAGGAUUCGAAGGUCAAUUGUGAUCGCAAGCGUUGCUCGCACUCCACCUGCCAGCAGACGCGCAUCUCAGCCAAGCGGAAAUUCUAUGAGAAACCAGGCGUCGGCGGUGCAAAUGCAAAUGAACCGGCCAUCGACGAGUGCUGCUCGACGCAAUGUCGCCGCUCACGCCGCCACCACCGACGCGCGCAUCAGGACCGCCCUGGCGCCGCCGAGGAACGACAGCAGUCGAAACGGGCGCAGCAGCAGGCGAACUCAAACCGCAGCGGCAGCAACGGCCACAGCAGCUGAGCGCCGUCUCUCGUCACGAAACCAUUUAAACAUAUAUACUUAACAAUCGCGCGAAUAACACUGAAAAAAAGGAAAACAAAAUUGCUGUUUUCUUCUGAAGAAAAUACAAGUUUUUGUCACUUUUUUCUAAACCAGAACUGAAACUGAAUGAGACGAAGCGAUACACAUAUUGGAUAGCAGCACUGAAGCAGAGAGGAUAUCGGCAGGAGUAAGAAGAUUUACCCACUAGGCGCUUAGCAAAAACAAAACAAACAACAAAAACAAA